AUGGCAGCUUCUCAUUAUUACCAGAACCACCCGUACAAUCAGCCGCCUGGAUCGGCAUAUCCCUCGGGGCCAUAUCCCAACCAUCCCGCUUCAGGUAUUACCGGUGACUCGAGGUAUGACACGAAUCCGAGACGCCGUGAUGGAGACGUUUUACGAUCUUCUUCCGCCCCAAAGCGAAGUCGAUACGAUGGUUACCACUCGUCGAAUGGAGGCGAAUACCGACGAGGGCGGCGGCGUAAAAUUCAGGACGAUUACCGGCCUCCCCGAUAUUCCAGCUCUUCAGCAUCCCGAUCUCCUUCGCCAAAGCCGCGACGACGUAAAUCCUUGGGCGAGCAAGCCCUAGCUGCGCUGGGCUUAGGGGGCUCCGACUCACGCGGAACCAAGCAUCGUCGAACAGGAAGUCGGGAUCGAAGCUAUGAUUAUUACGACCCCCGCUCCCACCGAAAUUACGAUCGCACUAGGCGUCGGAGGGACCAUCGACACCGGAGUCGAAGCUCUUCGAGAUCCCCGUCACCCGGUCGCUCAGGGAAAGAGAUCAGGCAUGUCAUAACUGCUGCGCUGACCGCGGGCGCUGCCGAGGCAUAUCGUGCACGCAAGGAGCCCGGUGGCUGGACCGGGGAGAAGGGAAGGCGGGUUCUGACUGCUGCGAUCGGCGCGGGCGGAAUCGAUAAGCUGAUUGAACGUGACCCCAGCAAGCAUGGCAAGCGCCAUAUUGUAGAGUCCACUCUAGCCGGCUUAGCCACAAACCAUUUAAUGAAUGGACCCUCUAGAUCUCGAUCUCAUCGGCGCCAUGGCCGACGUUCCAGAUCAGAGGAUCAUGGAGGAAUGAGAAAUCUUGCCGCGUCGGGUGUUUUGGCCGCGGCUGGGAAGAAAGCAUACGACCAUUAUCGUUCCAAGUCCCGAAAUAGCUCCGCGCAUUCGGACUAUUCGAGUGACGGAAGCAGCCAACCUCGCCGCCGCCGCAAAAAGAGAAGCCAGAGCGUUACAGAUUACGUUACCAAAGGUCUUGCUGCGCUAGGACUAACGGACGACGUCGAUGCUAAGCGUCGCUCAAAGAGGCACCAUGAGCGCAAUUACGGUUCAUCCGAUGAUGACGGUUACAGCGAAGAUUAUCGCCCACGUCGCCGCGAGAAGCAUUCUAGACGCUCGAGUUUCGAGCCUUUGGAAGGGGUUAAGGCCGGGACCAAUGCUGAGCCUGUGAAACUGUUGUAG